AUUACGGAUUGGAAUACGGGCUCAACGAUGCAGAUGUUGUGGAACUGGCCGCUUUGGUAUCCGUCGUGGAUCGUCAGCUCAGUCCAGCAGUCGAUUGGUUUCUUUGGGGGGAGGACGAUGUAUUUGUGGGCUACACACGCAAAUGGUGUUCCGCCCAUCUAUCUCGCCUCGCAUCCAUGUACCUGCCGAACAAGUGGCGCCAAAGAAAAAUUCAUUUAGCUACACAUAGUCAACUGGUCCAUUGUCUUCGGCAGCUGACCGAUAAUGAAAUAGGAUGUGAGCUUUACGGAUUGGCUAAACGAUGUCUGACGGCGCUGUCUUACAUUUUGGGCAAGAAAACCUACUUUGUUGGUGAUAGACCGACUGCCAUUGAUGCCUAUGUGUUUUCUCGUCUAUGGCCUCUGCUGCAUUACGAGUCCCAACAGGGUAAUGUGAGCUGGUUAACAAUCGGUCCAACCGGGGCCUCUCCUUCUCUCUGCCAGUCUGCAUCACAUCCGCUAAUCGCUCAUGUGAUUCAGUGUCCCAACUUAGUCGCUCAUUUUAUUCGGAUCCAGAGCGAGUUUUUCCCGAAAGCGGCCGCACAUUUUCGCGGAGGUAAGUCGGGAUCUGCUAGUUUCAUUUUUCUAUCCUAG